AAGAACAUACAGAAAACACUUUCACAUUUCACACUUACAGAGAGAGAGAGAGAGAGAUAAAGAGAGGACAUUAGGUGGUGAGGAAGAAAGAAGAAGAAGAGGAGAGAUAAUGGCUCCGAACAACAAUGGAUGCAAAUGGGCCAUUGUCAUAUUUCUGCUUAGUCUCUCCGCCGCCGUCUCAUUCACCGCCGCCGACAAGGCUCCCACGGUUGAAGAUGGUUUGGUGAUAAACGGCGACUUCGAGACGUCACCGUCAAAUGGCUUCCCUGACGACGGAGUGAUUGAUGGACCCACCGAAAUCCCGAGCUGGAAAUCCAACGGCACGGUGGAGCUAAUCAAUUCCGGUCAGAAACAAGGCGGAAUGAUCCUCAUCGUCCCACAGGGUCGUCACGCCGUCCGAUUAGGUAACGACGCAGAGAUCAGCCAAGAUCUGACGGUGGAGAAAGGCUUUGUCUACUCCGUCACGUUCAGCGCCGCUCGCACGUGCGCUCAGCUCGAAUCGAUAAACGUGUCGGUGGCGUCUGUGAACGCAGACGCGGGUGACAUGUUGGCGUCGCGUAACGUGGAUUUGCAGACGCUGUACAGCGUUCAGGGGUGGGACCCAUACGCGUGGGCGUUUGAAGCGGAAGAGGGUCAUGUGCGGUUGGUCUUCAAGAAUCCUGGCAUGGAGGAUGACCCCACUUGUGGGCCCAUCAUUGACGACAUCGCUAUUAAGAAGCUCUUCACUCCUGAUAAGCCCAAAGAUAACGCGGUGAUAAAUGGAGACUUCGAGGAAGGUCCAUGGAUGUUUAGAAACACGUCACUUGGUGUCCUACUUCCAACGAAUCUCGACGAAGAAAUCUCGUCUCUUCCGGGUUGGACAGUUGAAUCGAACCGGGCGGUCCGGUUCGUGGACUCGGACCACUUCUCGGUUCCAGAGGGCAAACGAGCCGUCGAGCUUCUCUCGGGCAAAGAAGGCAUAAUUUCUCAAAUGGUCGAGACCAAAGCAGAUAAACCUUACACAUUGUCUUUCUCGCUUGGACACGCAGGUGAUAAAUGCAAGGAACCAUUGGCUAUUAUGGCAUUCGCGGGCGAUCAGGCUCAGAACUUUCAUUACAUGGCGCAAGCGAACUCCAGUUUCGAAAAAGCCGGUUUAAAUUUCACGGCCAAGGCUGAUCGAACCAGGGUCGCGUUCUAUAGCGUUUAUUACAACACGAGGACAGAUGAUAUGAGCUCCUUGUGCGGACCUGUGAUCGAUGACGUUAGAGUUUGGUUCUCUGGGUCGAAGAGAAUCGGGGCUGGUUUUGGGUUUGGGUUUUGGGUUUUUUGUCUUUUGGUUAUCAGUUUGGUUUAGUAACACUAGAUUUAAAUGUCCCGGUUUUACACGUAAACUGUUAUUGCAACCCAAGGAUUCUUCUGGUAUUUUGUAUGCUUAUCCAUCGGGUUAGCUACUAGAAAGUAGAAGUUCGAUGGCAUUUAUCGUUUUUAUGCUAUAGUUUAUGCUAAACCGAUUUCUAAUGUAAAAAACGAGAAGUUGGUUAAGUUAGAAAUUAUCUUUGGGUAAACCAAGUAUUCAAUUCGAAACCGUACCGGAGAUCACAGAUAUUUCGGUUAGGUUUGAUAAGAAUCAGUUUUUAUAAAGUUGUCCGCUCGUUAUAAAUCUGAAACUCCGCUCUGUUUCUCUCUCCGCCGCCGUCGUUUCCAGUUGCCAAUCUUCACCGGCGAUCUCAUGGAUAGAUCAUGAUGCAGAUAAAUUUGUAUUCAUCCUUUUUGUUUUCAGUCUUCGCUUCCUGGAACAUUUCAGUUUUCUCGAUCGACGAGUAUAAAGAUAAGACUAUUACUCUGCUAUGCCGAAUCUUCCGGAUACUCAGUCUGAGUGACUUUUCAAAUGAGCUUCUUUCUGAUUCAAUCAUCUUCGAACUUCCCUUUGAUACAGUUUUUUUUUUUCGCAAUGUUUGUUUCUCGGCUUCUUCCCUCACUGAAAAAGAUUUCUCCUUUAGACCAAACAAACAAAACAUUUUUCUUUGUUAUGCUGUAACAUCUUGUUUUAUAUUUGACUCUGUGGUCUUUAUAAAACGAAUGUUCCUUCUUUUUAGCACCCAAUGUUUGUUGGUUGUGUGAUUGAUUAGAGUUUGAGUUUGUUUUCUUGAUGAUUAGUUGCACAACAUUACAAAUUCAGCUAAUAGAGUAUUUUGUUGUUUGGAUGUUAUGAACUACUUUGGAUAGAGGAAAACAAAAAACAAGUUGCAUCCUCGUGUUAGUGGCUGGGUCAUGGUGAAUCUUUACGGAUGAAAAAUGUGAAAAGUGUACAGCUUUCAAUGUUAAUUCGUAGCUGAAAGAUAAUGGAAUCGACUAAUCACUUCAAAUUAACGUUUUUGGUUUAUUGUUUAUUACGGAAGACCAUAAGCGUUAUUUCAAACUGCUUUAAUCAUCAACAGUAUUGAGAUUGUAGAUUAGCUGUCUCUAUGACUUGAUUUUGUUCAUCAUAGAUUUGUAUAGAGUACAUUUAUUUUCUCUCCAUCAUUAGAGGUACUAAUUACUUUCUGUUUCAGCGAAAUCCAAAAUUUUGAGUGUAUUUGAGUUUUUUUUUGCCAUUGUUGAUGUUUUGAGUUCUUCUUGGUUGAUUUCGUAUCAUCAGGAGGUUGCCAGAUCCAGUAGUAGAGCGAUUUCGUAUCUGUUGAAUCAUCCCCUCAUCGACAUGAGCUCCUCCUAUUCUUGAGUUUUGGAAAGCUCUGGUGCAAAAAGAAUGUCAUAUUCCCAAAAGGUACAAUCAUUGGAAAACCAUUGGAAAGCUGCUGAGCAUGCCUGUCGAUGGUAUCAUCUCUUCUUUCCCUUCUUGGCUGGGAGGCUCGAUUUAGUAAUACGGCCAAUGACUUUUCUGUCCACAAGUGGUCACCUGUCAAUGCAAUGGCGAGGAUAUUUUUUUAUCAUGCCAGAUUAGAUUGAGGAAAAAAUGGGAAGUGCUUGACUUGAGCUAGUUACGAGCUUGGCUUCCUCGAGGCAGGAGGAGUUUUAGACAUAAAGCAGUUGCUAGCCCUUGGGAUUGGGAACAAAGAGAUCACUUUCUCCAACGGUGGUAUUAGAGAGACGAAUCAGACAGUGACAUUGCAAAGGACUUGGAUUGGUAACGACUUCAAUAGAGCUGUAUUGUUUCCUGUUAUUGCCUGGUUUUGGAAAACAUUAUGUUUUUGUUUACCUGAUUGAAUCAAAGUAUCUCU